AUGGAUUUGAAAAGCUUUGUCUCGGCAGCCGCAAAGCCCGGCGUGUGGGGGAGGUUGGGCGCUUGGGCCCGCUCGCUGCUCCAAGAUUACGCCGAGGCGUGCAAGGACGCGGCGGCGGCGGCGCGGGCCCGGCCCGGGAGGGCGGCCGUGUACUUGGGGCUGCUGGGUGGCGCGGCGGCCUGUUGCUCCCUGGCACCGAGCGAGGCAGCCUUCGAGGAGGCGCUGCUCGACGCGUCGGGGACCCUCCUGCUGCUGGCGCCCGCCACUCGCAACCGCGACUCGGAGGCGUUCGUGCAGCGGCUCCUCUGGCUGCGGGGUCGCGGCUGCCUGCACCACGUGAGCCUGGGCCUCUGCUCGCUGGUGUAUGAGGCACCCUUCGACGCCCAGGCCAGCCUCUACCAGGCUCGCUGUCGCUACCUGCAGCCCCGCUGGACCGACUUCCCGGACCGGAUUCUGGAUGUGGGCUUCGUAGGCCGCUGGUGGGUGCUGGGGGCCCGGAUGCGCGACUGCGACAUCAACGACGACGAGUUCCUGCACCUGCCGGCUCACCUGCGCAUUGUCGGACCCCACCAGCUGCACUCGGAGGCCAAUGAGCGGCUCUUCGAAGAGAAGUACAAGCCCGUGGUGCUCACCGACGACCAGGUGGACCAGGCGCUGUGGGAGGACCAGGUCUUGCAGAAGGAGAAGAAGGACCAGCUUGCCCUGAGCCAGGCUGACUCUCUGCUGUCGUCGGAGGUCGCGAGAUGAAACUCAGACCCCCCCCCCCCCACCCCGGGUCCCAACCGGGCU